GGCUCUGAGAUCCGCCGUACAAGCGUGGCAACAGCAGCACUGCAGACGACUCCGCGCAUUCAAUUCAUCACAAUCCGCGCAGCCAAGGAAACCCACCAAAACUUUGCCCCCCAAAUCCCCGGACCCUCAGGGUGGGGUAGAGCAACACUCCUCUUGGCGUUAAGAUAAAAAAAAAAAUAAAAAAAAACCUGCUGCAAAAACAGAUACAGACUCAAGACGAUAAGCGGAACCGAUCAGCCUUUUCUUGCCAAACUUUUUCUGAAGUCAGCUUGGAACGCGGAGCAGCGAGCAUCAAACUGACGGACUGAAAAUGGCAAUCACAUGGACAGUCAUCGUUGUAUUAGGUGCCCUCAUGUAUAGCAUGGCAUCCGCAGCAGUCAAUCCUUCUGACCCAGCCACGCAAAAUGAUCCAUCUGACCCAGCCACGCAAAUUGGCUUGUCUGACCCAGCCACACAGUCUGUUUCUUCUGACCCAGCCGCGCAAUCCAGUCCUCUUGAUCCAGCCGCGCAAUCCGGUCCUUCUGACCCAGCAGCGCAAUCCGGUCCUCCUGAACCUUCUGACCCAGCAGCGCAAUCCGGUCCUUCUGACCCAGCCGCACAAUCUGGUCCUUCUGACCCUUCUGACCCAGUUGCGCAGUCCGGUCCUUCGGACCCUUCUGACCCAGCCGUGCAAUCCGGUCCUUCUGAUCCAUCUGACCCACUCGUGCAAUCCGGUCCUUCUGACCCUUCUGACCCACCCGUGCAAUCCGGUCCUUCUGACCCACCCAUGCAAUCCGGUCCUUCUGACCCACCUGUGCAAUCCGGUCCUUCUGAUCCAUCUGACCCACCCGUACAAUCCGGUCCUUCUGACCCAGCCGUGCAAUCCGGUCCUUCUGAUCCAUCUGACCCACUCGUGCAAUCCGGUCCUUCUGAUCCAUCUGACCCAGCCGUGCAGUCCGGUCCUUCUGACCCUUCUGACCCAGCCGUGCAAUCCGGUCCUUCUGAUCCAUCUGACCCACUCGUGCAAUCCGGUCCUUCUGAUCCAUCUGACCCAGCCGUGCAAUCCGGUCCUUCUGACCCUUCUGACCCAGCCGUGCAGUCCAGUCCUUCUGAUCCGUCUGACCCAGCCGUGCAAUCCGGUCCUUCUGAUCUGUCUGACCCACCCGUGCAAUCCGGUCCUUCUGACCCACCCGUGCAAUCUGGUCCUUCUGAUCCGUCUGACCCAGCCGUGCAAUCCGGUCCUUCUGAUCCGUCUGACUCACCCGUGCAAUCCGGUCCUUCUGACCCUUCUGACCCACCCGUGCAAUCCGGUCCUUCUGAUCCACCCAUGCAAUCCGGUCCUUCUGACCCACCUGUGCAAUCCGGUCCUUCUGAUCCAUCUGACCCAGCUGUGCAAUCCGACCCUUCUGACCCAGCCGUGCAAUCUGGUCCUUCUGACACAGCUGCACAACCCAGUCCUUCUGACUCAGCAGUAAAACCCGGUCCAGCUGACCCAGCAAUGCGACUCGACCCUUCUGACCCAGACACAGCACCCAGUCCUUCUACAGAGCCUUCCAAACAGAUUACAACUGGCAAAAAAAACAACAUUGGGUCACCAAGUAAGAUUUUCUUCAUACUGGUACAGUCUUUAUGACAAAAAAAUUUGAUUACAACAAAUAUAGACAACUGCACAAUUUCAACAGCUUAAAAAUCUGUAAAUGAUAUUAAUGGAAAAUUCUGUCAUCAUUUAUUCACCCUCAUGUCAUUCCAAACCCCUAUGACUUUCUUUUCUCAUUGGACCACAAAAAGGAAAACAUUUGAAGUUCAUUUACAUUUGAUAAACGCAGCAGUAACCAGGAGGCUUUCAUGUUCCUAAAAAGAUAAGAAAACAAACAGAGGU